GUCAUGGUUCUACCAGAUAAUACACCACAUUAUCAGAGCAGUUAAAGAACAACAAAGAUAACAAUUUUAUAGUACACUGUAGACCAGUCACAAUGAUACUUUCACGAUAUUUACAUCCGCUAAAACAAACACUGAGACGCUUCGCUUCAGACAGUCUAAUUAAAUCAAUAGGCAAAGAAAUCCAAAUACCAAAAACCACCCUUCAUGAAUAUUUAUGGCAAAACUUGGAAAAAUGGCCCGAUAAAACCGCAACAGUUUGUUUCGAAACACAACGUAGCUACACUUACCACCAAAUCUACAAAAAAAGUCUCUCAAUUACCAAUUUUUUGAAAAAUUCCUUAAAAUUCAAUAGACGGGACACGGUCGGGGUUGUUUUACCCAACACGCCUGAAUACCCUAUUGUUCUCUUAGGGGCGAUUCAGGCCGGUUUGAGGGUAACAACCUGCAACCCCAACUACACAUCGGAAGAGCUUAGGAGACAGUUGAGUGACUCCCAAUCACGGCUAGUUUUUACGUCACGUGAGCUGCUCCCAUUGGUGCGUCAAGCGACGAAUUUACCGGUGGUGGAAAUUGCUAAUGAUAGAAGUGUCUCUAGUGGCGCCAUCAGUUUCCACGAAAUUUCCUCAGGAGAGGGUUGCCAACCAGUCACUGAUAUUAACUGCGAUGAUAUCAUUUUUUUGCCUUAUUCGAGUGGCACCACUGGGUUACCCAAAGGAGUACAGUUGAGUCACUAUAACAUUGUGGCCAACUUAUCCCAGAUUUGUUCACCAGAAUUUGCCCUUAUACGAAGUUAUGGGGAUGAACGUCAGGACGUAAUCCCGGCUUUUUUGCCUUUUUUCCACAUUUACGGGCUUGUUGUCGUGUUGCUUGAAACUCUCCUUCAGGGGGCUAAACUAGUGACAAUCCCUAAAUUCUCAUCCGACAAUUUUGUCAAACUUUUGAAAAAUUACAAGAAUGACGUUAUAUUUGCCGUGCCUCUAGUCGUAAUAAUGGCCAUAAAUCACCCAAAUAUAACCAAAGACGAUCUAUUGAACACUCGCACAAUAAUGUCGGGAGCUGCUCCCUUAGGGGGCUCCGACGUCGAGCGUUUUCGGGCCAAAACCGACAAUAAAGUGUCUCUGAUUCAGGGUUAUGGUAUGACCGAAACCGGCCCUGUCACCAUAAUCCAAAGCGAGAGUCUUCCUAAUGGAGUUAAAAUCGGGGGCAGUGGUUUUUUGGUCCCCAACACUGAAGCCCGAAUCAUCCCAAUUGACUCCCCUCCCGAAAAUCUCCCCCCGAACAAGUCGGGAGAACUCAUAGUCAAAGGCCCCCAAGUGAUGCCCGGGUAUUACAACAACCCCCAAGCCAACCAGGACAUUUUCCUGGAAGAUGGGUGGCUCCGAACCGGAGACAUCGCCCAUUACGACGAUGACAAUCAUUUUUUCAUCACUGAUAGAUUGAAAGAGUUGAUCAAAGUGAAGGGAUUUCAAGUAGCGCCGGCCGAACUCGAGGCCAUUUUAAGGGAACAUCCGAGUGUUGAGGAUGUGGGGGUUGUAGGCGUAGCUGAUCCAGUUUUAGGGGAAGUCCCUAAAGCUUUCGUUGUGGCUAAGUCAGGGCAAGAAGUGAAAGCGAGACAUUUGGAGGAGUUCGUCGCUAGUAAAGUAGCAAAGCAUAAACAGUUGAAGGGGGGCGUGGUUUUUGUGGGGGCGAUACCGAAAAACCCCUCUGGGAAGAUUUUGAGGCGCGAGUUGAAAAAAAUGUAGGCAGAGUGUUUACUUCAAGACAACCAAUUACCAAAAUUUAAGAGUUAUUUUCUGCUUUUCUAAAAGAGAGAUUUGUGGAACACACGCGUCUAGUCUGUCUUAUUUAAUUUAAUUUAAAAUAAAUUUCUUCCAAACGU